CGCUGCCGCCUCUCCGCUCCUCCGCCCCUCUUCCCCUUCCGCCCCACACCUUUAUGGACGAGCGCCGGAGCUUGCUCCACUCUCCGGCUGCCUCCUCCUGCAGCCGCCAUCCGCGGGGCGGCUCGACCAGCAGCCACCACAACCUGGGCUACACCGAGCCGCUGCCCCCCGCCGCCCCGCAGCCGGCCCCCCAGCAAGAGGAGGAGGAAGGUGACGGAGGGGAGGAAGGCAGCAUGACCGUGGUGGGAGGAGGCGGCGGAGACCCUUUGCUGGAGGAACCGCAGCAGCAUCCUCACCCUGCGCUCGGGGGGGACCGCUACGAUCACCCCCAGGCUCCGGCCGCCGUCCCCACGGGUCAGCCCACGGGCGGGGGGGAGCACGAGUGCUGCGAGCGGGUGGUGAUCAACAUCUCGGGGUUGAGGUUUGAGACCCAGCUGAAGACCCUGGCGCAGUUCCCCGAGACGCUGCUGGGGGACCCUCGGAAGCGGAUGCGCUACUUCGACCCCCUGCGCAACGAGUACUUCUUCGACCGAAACCGCCCCAGUUUCGAUGCCAUCCUCUACUACUACCAGUCGGGUGGGCGCAUCCGGAGACCCGUCAACGUCCCCAUUGACAUCUUCUCCGAGGAGAUCCGCUUCUACCAGCUUGGGGAGGAGGCCAUGGAGAAGUUCCGGGAGGAUGAGGGGUUCAUUCGGGAGGAGCAGCGACCGCUUCCCGACAAGGAGUUUCAGCGCCAAGUGUGGCUCCUCUUUGAGUAUCCCGAGAGCUCUGGGCCAGCCCGAGGCAUUGCAAUUGUCUCUGUCCUGGUCAUCCUUAUCUCUAUUGUCAUCUUCUGUCUGGAGACCCUGCCAGAGUUCAGGGAUGACCACGACUAUGAGGGAACUGGGGGCACAUUUGGGAUGGGUGGUGGUCCUCUCCAACCUGAUGUCUUCACCAACGCCUCGUCCCCGGCUACUUCCAUGGUGUCAUCCUUCACCGACCCUUUCUUUGUGGUAGAGACUUUGUGCAUCAUCUGGUUCUCCUUCGAGCUGCUGGUCCGUUUCUUUGCCUGCCCUAGCAAGGCCACCUUCUCCAAGAACAUCAUGAACAUCAUUGACAUUGUGGCCAUCAUUCCCUACUUCAUCACGCUGGGCACCGAGCUGGCUGAGAGGCAAGGCAAUGGCCAGCAAGCCAUGUCCUUGGCCAUCCUCAGAGUCAUCCGCCUGGUCAGGGUCUUCCGUAUCUUCAAGCUGUCCCGGCACUCCAAGGGGCUGCAGAUCCUGGGGCAGACCCUCAAGGCCAGCAUGCGGGAGCUGGGCUUGCUCAUCUUCUUCCUCUUCAUUGGCGUCAUCCUCUUCUCCAGCGCCGUCUACUUUGCAGAAGCUGAUGACCCCAGUUCAGGCUUCAGUAGCAUCCCUGAUGCCUUCUGGUGGGCUGUGGUGACCAUGACCACAGUGGGCUAUGGGGACAUGCAUCCCAUCACCAUUGGGGGCAAGAUCGUGGGGUCUCUUUGUGCCAUCGCUGGGGUACUGACCAUCGCCCUCCCCGUGCCUGUCAUAGUCUCCAAUUUCAACUACUUCUACCACCGGGAGACGGAAGGUGAGGAACAAGCCCAGUACAUGCACGUUGGGAGCUGCCAGCACCUCUCCUCCAGCGAGGAGAUGAGGAAGGCUCGCAGCAAUUCCACCCUCAGCAAGUCCGAGUACAUGGUGAUCGAGGAAGGGGGGAUCAACCACAGUGCAUUCAAACAGGCUGCCUUUAAAACAGGCAACUGCACAACCACGAACAAUCCCAACUGUGUGAACAUCAAAAAGGUCUUUACGGAUGUUUAA